GAAAAUGCUCCUUGUCUCACCUGGCUGACGCGGAUAGCCAACGCGAUGGGACAAGGACAGGAACGAGCGUAUAGAAAGAGACGAAACGAUCAGACCUCUCCACCUCUCCACGCUGCGAGGUACCUAUUGCUGGAUUCUCCUCGAGGAGAGUGGGAGUAGAAUCCAGAGAGAGCGCUACAGGUAGACGACGCGAGGGAGCUGGAGCUGGGUUCGAAGAGGAACGGAGACAGGUGUGCCAGGUCGGAGGAGGACGCCGGAUCAAAGGAGAAAGAGUCCGAACGAGGAGGCGUCGUAGGGUGACCAGGUAAGCGAGGAUGAGAGGAAGAGAGACGGACACGGGACGGGGAUGGAACGGCGAGGGAGAGAUUCGGGAGCGAGGGAGGCUGACAGUACGACGUGUAAGCGGCGAGAGAGACGGGACGAGUGCGUCGGACAUACGUAAGCAGACGGUGGAAGAGAGAGGAAUGAUAACCGUGUGUGUUGGAGGAGAGGCAAUGAGAGGGGAGAGAGGUCCGAGACACGGAGCUGAGAGCGGGAUGCUGGGAGGCGGCGGCGACGGCGGCCAUGUUGCCGUAUCCCGAGAGAAGAGAGAACGAUCCGAGAGAGCACCGUGAGGCUGGUUCGUUUGUUGCUUGCCAAGCGGCUGCCCAAACUUUGGGUGGUUUAAUUCUACCUGUUGGGCCGCACAGUUCGGGGUGUAGUGCAUCCGUUUUCCACCCUCGACGUUCGCCGUACCAGUUACCAAGCCGAAACGAGGGAGAGAGUCGUCUCGAGAUAGCUGCCUCGCGCAGAUUCGACCCACACCGCGAGCUGCUGGUUCGCCGCGCGGUGGUUGCAGUACGCCUCGCGUUUCGCGAUCCACCGACGACGAUGUCGUCGCGCCUCGCGUCACCGUCGUGUUUGUUAUCGUCGUGGUCGUCGUCGCCGUCGUGGUCGUUAACGUGCUCGUCGUCGCGGUCGCAGCGGGCGUGCGCGUGUGCCUGAAGCCGGUGAACAAGUGUGAAUCGCGGGACAGAGACGAUCCGGUUUUGAAAAACCGGGAACUCGGUCCGAAUCCUCGUGACUCGUCGAAGAGGGGUGUCGCGCGAGAGGAACGAUACGCGGCGACUCGUAACGAGGUGCGUGGAGUGAAUUCAGUGAGUUUGCCCCCCGUGUCUGCCGUCGCACUCUUGUGUGUCCAAUCGGUUGAACGAGGAUCAAAAACAAAAUCGAAAUUGGGACGGUCUAUAUAUUUUCAAAUACAGUGUCGAUUCGUGAUAAAGAAUUUAAAGAAAGAGGGGAGAUAGAGAGAGAGAGAAAGAGUGAGAGAGAGAGAGAGGACGAUUCGCGACGGAUGUGCCGGGCGCUCACAUACGAGGAACUCGUGUCUAGAAUCGCGAGAUCGACGCUUUAGUAUAGCGCGGUCCAUCGUGAAGGUGGUGACACUAUCAUCCGUGGAGAUGUGAUCCGGAACACAGGAGGGACGCUUAGUAGUUUGUAGAUGGCCCCCUCCCCCAUCCCACCCCACCAGCACCGGCACCCCCUCGCUCUACCACCUUCUUCUUCGUACUGAUCUCCACGUACGUGCACACACGUCUUCACGCAACGCGCGCACUCGCGGCCACUAGCUUCGGCAACCGACGAAUCCAUCCCAGGGAAUCUCUCGGAUUACCGUAGGUACAUACCGACGUCGAGAACUAGCGAUCCACCACUGGAUCCACGAUCUUCGUAUGACACUCUCGAGCCCUGAUAAAGUUCCCUUCCGUUCAAUCACGUGCCAUAGCAAUGCUCAGCAGCGACUGUGAUAAGCAAUACACUGUGCCUAGAACCCGUUCGUUCGCAGUUUAGAUUUUAGAGUCUAACCGGAGAGAGAGGAGACUUUCGGAAGAGGGACAGCUUCGAGGGUUCGCCGGAGGAAAGCUCGCUCAGCCACGAUUAGGCGAACUGGAAAAAGAAGCGGAAGGCAGCGCGGGAGAAUGUCGACUUGCACCGACGAGGCCGACAACGGACCCCUGCACAUGCAGGAGGCACUGUCCCCGGUGCAGGAGGGACCAGUGUCACCGGCGUCUUCCUCGCUGAGCAAUCAGAAUCAAAAUGAGAGCGAGCAACAAGUGUUGCUGGCUACGAUGCAGCCGGUGAACGUCCUCGACCUGCACGAGCCAGCAACGGUGCACUCGCUCCAUCCAAAAUAUCAUCAUCACCACCACCGUCACCAUCACCAUCAUCAUCAUCAUCACCAUCAACAACACAUUCAGGCGGAUCCCGACGACGUUCAGCAACGGAGUGCCGACGACACCGACGGAAGAGUGACACCGGGUGGCGACGGAACCGCCGGUAAUACGACGUUAGGCGAGCACAAGAUGAUCGACCUGAUCUACAACGACGGCCAGAAGACGGUCAUGUACACGCACGACAAGGAGAUCAUCUACGAGAACGAGGCGGACCGCGUACAGGUGGUCGAGUAUCCGCCACCGCCACCCUCGCCACCUUCGCCGUCGCCACCCUCGGCCGUCACCAGGACGAGCUUAUUGCCUCCCGGGUGUGUCGCGCCCAGGUCCGGAUCCGCGCUGCAUCUGCAUCAUUAUCCACAAUUGCAGUUGCAACACGAGGAUGACCUCCCACCUGGCGUGCGUCACGCCGUCAACGCGACGGUACCGAACUGUGGCGCGGCUACUACCACGACGACGGUGUUGGUGCUGUCGGAAUUGGUCGCCGCGGAUCCUACCGCUGGUGCUGCUGCUGCUCAACAGCUGACCCUCACCGCCGCCUCUCUUCGUGCGGGGCGGAGGAGUCGCGGCGAGGAGGACGCGAACGUCGUGAACGAGGAGAAUUCCCAGCAACAAUCGGCGACAGCAUACGUGACCGGGCAACGCGACGCAGAGGAGGAGGAAGAGCUGGGGGCGGAGGAGGCGGCUGCGCAAGCAGCGCAGUCCCUGCAGAGCGGCGCCGAGGGCGCCGAUUCCGAGGUACACAAGAGGGUAGCUGCCGUGCAGGUGCAGGUGCAGGGUAUGGAGGGCGACUGGCGGACCUACUGCGAGCACCCGCUCUCGGUAGCGACCGCGGCGAUGCUUAAUCUUCAGCAACAGCAUCAGGUAUCGGCUGUCACUAGCCAUGGCGAUGACCCCGCGGCCUCCUACGUCUAUGAAUACUACAAGCUGCCACCGGAGAAGAGCGCCGCAGAUGUCAAGUUGCCGCCAACCCACGAACUUUGGUCCACGGGUGUGAUGGGCCAGAAGCUGCUGGUGCAGGAGGCGCCUGGCUCCGGUUCCGGUUCGGCGAAUCGUAUGGAAGGCGGCGAAGGCGCCGGUGGAGGGGAGCUGCACCACUUCCUCCAUCAGUACAACCAACAAUCUCACAGUCCGGGACAGAGCCUACAGGGUGGCCUUCCGCUUCCGCUUAGCCCGCAGUCCCUCAGACACGACGGCGGCUCCUCAAGCGCCGGCAUCGCCGGAGUUAAAAGAGAACCCGAGGACCUGAGCUCGUCGAGGGGUGGUCAACAGUCCAGCAAAAGACACAAGCAAGCGGAGAGUCCCACGCCACCGGGGAUGUACCAUCAUCAUCAACAUCAACUACAGGUACAACAAUACGGCAGUCCCUACGACCCCUACAGCUCGUGCAGUCCUCGGCUUCAGUCAACGGCGUACACGUCGACCUCGGCCACGGGCGCGGCGAACGGCGGCAACCCGAGCGGACUUCACCAGGAGACGACGGCCGUCUACGUAACAGGCGACCAGCUACCACCGUUAGCGUCCUCCGGUUCGUCCUCGUUGUCGACCACGACCGCUUCGUACACGAGGUACGAGGUUGUGCCAAGCUCUUACGCGACGACACACGCGAUACGCUCAUCCUCUAGCAGCAGCAAAGUCCUGACCGUUGAUCUUCCCAGCCCCGACUCCGGGAUCGGCGCGGACGCGGUCACACCCAGGCAAGAUCAUCAUCCGCCCACGGCGCUUCAUCAGUCUUCGUUCGACUACACGGAAUUGUGUCCCGGCGGAGCCGCGACCGGAACUGCUGUGGUCCUCGAGAGCGGAGCGGUCAUCCACCAUCAACCGUUGCAGUUGCAACUGCAGCAAAGCCACGCGCAAGCACAGGUGCAACGCGGGGCUUUGGUAUCCUCGGCUGCGACCAACCCAAACCCAAAUCCAAAUCCACCGAGGUCGAGACCGUGGCACGACUUUGGCAGACAGAACGAUGCGGACAAAAUCCAGAUACCAAAAAUAUUCUCCGCUUACGGGUUCAAAUACCACCUGGAGUCGCCUAUUAGCACGUCGCAACGCCGCGAGGACGACAGAAUCACGUACAUCAACAAAGGACAAUUUUAUGGGAUCACGUUGGACUACGUCCCUGAUCCUGACAAACCAACCCUGAAGGCUGGACAAACCGUUAAGAGCGUGGUAAUGUUGAUGUUCCGAGAAGAGAAGAGCCCAGAAGACGAGAUUAAGGCGUGGCAGUUCUGGCACGGAAGGCAACACUCCGUCAAGCAACGUAUUCUCGAUGCCGACACGAAGAACAGCGUGGGACUGGUGGGCUGCAUAGAGGAAGUUGCACACAAUGCGAUCGCCGUUUAUUGGAACCCACUCGAAUCCUCGGCGAAGAUCAAUGUUGCGGUGCAGUGUCUCAGCACGGACUUCUCCAGCCAAAAGGGCGUGAAAGGUCUGCCUUUACAUAUCCAGGUGGAUACGUACGAGGAACCGCCGCCGCACGCACACACAUACACGCCACCUUCGCAUCGUGGCUACUGCCAGAUCAAAGUGUUCUGCGAUAAGGGAGCUGAAAGGAAGACCCGCGACGAGGAAAGGAGAGCGGCGAAGAGGAAGAUGACGGCGACCGGUAGGAAAAAGCUCGACGAGCUGUAUCACUCCGUCACGGAACGCAGCGAAUUUUACUCGAUGGUCGAUCUUCACAAACCACCCGUCCUCUUCUCGCCGCCUGAACACACCAUAGACAAGUUCUCGACGAUGGAGUUGUCGGGCUUCUACGGAGGUGGCGGCGGGGGCGGUGGCGAUACAGACACAUCGUCCCUGAGUAAUGGCGAGGGCGGAGGAUUGAAGGCGGGUGGUAGCAGCCCUUAUCCUGCCUGCGGCAGACCGAGCCUACCGGCCCUCAAGUUCCACAACCACUUUCCGCCCGACAAUCUGACUAGCCUGCACGACAAGAAGGACUCGUUGCUGAUGCAGGUACAGGAGCUGCAGGGCUCGGUGCUGCAGGGCGUGCAGCAGACUGGCCUGGCCGGGACCGUCGUCUCCGGCGUUGGGAAUCGGUUGCAUCUGCAGCAGCAGCCGCCGCAUCUUCGCCCGACUGACGCCGAGGAGAGAGUGAUGCUGUACGUUCGCCAGGAGUCCGAGGACGUGUACACGCCGCUUCAUGUCACGCCGCCGACCGUUCAAGGACUGUUGAAUGCUAUUGAGUCAAAGUACAAAAUUGCAUCCUCGAGUAUUAAUAACCUCUAUCGCAAAAACACAAAGGGAAUUACAGCGAAAAUUGACGACGACAUGAUUCGAUAUUACGUGGACGAGGACCUGUUCCUGUUGGAGGUGACGCACUCUAGAGUGAACCCGGACCCGAGCAACGAUCGCAGCCAAGCCAAUCCCGGAUCGCCUGGCGAUCCCGGCGACCCCGGAGAUCCACCGGCGCCCACGGGAUACGACGUGACUCUGAUCGAGCUGCCCUCGUCGCCGGCUCACAUAGCUCACUCGCCCCUGACGAACUCCACGCACGGGCAUCCUCACGUUCACGAGAGCGGAAACACGUGAACGAAGAUAAGGAGUGAAAAAGCAAGAAUGUACCUAUAGUACCAGUAGCUUUCGUCGUUUCGUGUAAAUAAAUAUGAAGUCUGAGAGCAGCCAUCGACGAGGAAUCGUUGACUCGGUGCAAUUGUAAAACUGGACUCGCUGUACAGUUUGACAACGAAGGGACAGCUUUUCAGGGACCUCGUUCGGAAGAAAGAAGAUGAAGAAGAUGGCAUGGCCUACCAGAGUUCGUCUUUACGUUAGGAGAAGAAAGAAGAAACAAGCUGAAUUGGAAAGGCAACAGGAAAUCGAAGAAUACAAUUUAAGAAGUUAGAAGAAGAAUAGAAACCUUUGUUAUCUGAUAGUGGUUCGUUAUGUGCAACAUCUUGGAAGAUGGUAUUUGUUAACGAUUGACAUGCAAGCGGCUCCACGGAGUUUCGUGUAUAUGGUUAGGCGCGUUUGAUCGGUUGUACAUGAUCUCGAUGAGAUAGACGUAGCUUUAUUGCGCGAUAUUGUUUUCCUUUCGUGUCUUUCGAGUCUCUCGUAGAAAUACUUGGUCGGUACCAAGUCUGCUGGUUCACAAGACACUAUUGCGAUCAAACGGCUUGCGUGAGCGCAGGCGUCUUCGUACACGGGGCUGAAGCUCGCGAAGAAUUAGAUAUAUCUCUAGCCGUUAGAAGGCAACUCGUUAUUUUAUAUAUAUAUAUUUUUUCUUGUUUGUUUUCACUUGUGAACAAUUUAUAUCGAUGGUUGUUAGCUUCUAGAGUACCGUUGGCGUCGUAAUUGAAACGCAAUAACUAUGAUGUAAAUCAAUCAAAAUUGAUUUAAGGAACCCCGCAUCCCUCUGUCCUCAUUCCCGGUAAAACCGAUAAACGUUAAGUUAUAUGUUAUAAAUAUAUAUACAUAUAUAUAUUAUACGUAUAACGUAUAGAUGUAUAUGAAAACGCCACUCUAUCAUAUCGUCGAUUUUUAGAGUUUAAAUAUAUUGUUUAUAUGUUUAAUCGAUCAUGACCGAUCGAAGAGCAAACGAAGCAAGCUUAUAUUUUAUAUGAUACCAAGCGAAGCUGAACGUCGCCAUUACAAGAUAGACCGGGUGCCAUCGAGCAUUUUAUCUCUCCAAUAGUUUUUACGCUCGCAUAAGAUACAGAUUAAGGAUUCCUCUUCCGCCUGUUCACGAUAGUUCCCCUACCUUUACUUUCCAUCAACGGUUCAUUCUCAUUACCUAUUAUUUAUACCGAGUUAAAUCCGAUCAACUACGUAAUCUCGUUUAAGUACAUCCCUUAGGUAUUUCGCUGUCAUUCCAGAACCUCCUGAGCAUCCCAGGAUCCUUUGAUAUUAUUAUACAAAGAGCAAGUAUUACUCUCACUGAAAUACGUAAUUCUUUUUUUUUUUUUAUAUCAUAUCACGAAAGAGAAAGGAAAAUACGCGUUUGCGAUUUAGAUUAGACUAAUAUACGUAGAUACGUUAUAUUAGGCACACGGACGUUAGGCAAUCCUUUGGAGACAAAAUUAUAUUCCGAAAAAACAAGGUAGAAGCACUGAGAAUGAUUUUAUGAAUUUUAUAUUAUAAGCUCGAUCGUUUUUCAUUCUCGAAGGGUUGGUUAACUUGAAAAAUGUAAAGCCCACGUUUAUCUUGAUUAUGGCAGAGACAGGACCUACGCGACGGACAUAAUCAACGACUCUGCGUGGACGUCGUUGACACGAACGAGCGGCAAUGCGUAACAAAAACUAUCGGAUAGCCUGCGGACCAGUGAUUGUUUUUAAGGCGAAGCGAACAUUAACGUGCCACUGGUGAAAGCGAGCCAUUUUUUCGUCGCACGCGCAUGUACAGCGUGAUUCUUAUUAUUGUAAGAUUACGCCACGCACGAGCACGCAUACAUACGGUCAUACUUACAUACGUUCAUAAAAAUCCAUUAAUUAGUCGCGUUUAGGUAUGGACUAGAGAACAGUAGCGAUCACGACACACAAACGCACACAUACACGCGCGCGCGCCAUUAUUUGUUUCCAUAUUGUUCUUGCGUUAGGAAUAGGGCAAGAGAAAGAAAUGUCAUUAAAUACACACGUAUCGAUAUCAAAGCAAGGAUCAAAAUACGCUUGUAAAAUGCAUAUUAUUAUUAUAUGAGUACUAUAUUUUGUUACAUCUAUUGCAAGGCAGCACAUAGUUUGAUAUUAUUAAUAUUAUUCGAUUCUAUCGACUAGCUUCGUAAUACGUAUAUAUCAUUAUAUAAUUAUUAUAGUUAUUAUUUUUAUACAAGGGAUGCGUGAAUUUCAUGGUGCGAGAGCAGGAAACCGAGAGAGAGAGAGAGAGAGAGAGAGAGAGUGAGAGAGUGAAAGUAUAUAAGAAGAACGAAUGGGAGAGAUCUGUAUGUCUGAGAAAAGUAUGAGAACGUGUGAAGAGAAGAGAGAUAAAUAAGUACAUACCCGAGAACACGAAGAUUGUUGGCGUUGCUCCAUGACAUCUUUAUUCGUAAUCGCCUCCCCCCCCCCCCCAUCCUGUCGACACGUCGAACUCCACGCCACAAAUCACCCCAAAAAUCCUCGAUCAGUCCAGUAGUUUCGUUCAUUUCUAAGACGGGUCUCAAUAAAGCGAUAGAAUGAGAUUCGUCGUGCGUCCAUGAUCGAUUUUUACUGCUAAUCGUGUCAACUCUUAUAAUCCCUUGCGUUUAUUAUUAUUAAUUAAUUAAUGAUGUAUCACGAAAGGCGGCCGCGUCACCGUCAAGGAAAGGCCGCAGCGAGACUACCUGAUGUCGGAGUCGGCCGAUUGUUGCUUGUAACUAUUUGAGCAUCGCGAGGCGGUCUUUCCGUGAUCGCUUCGCAGCCGUCUCGUUAUCGUACUUAAACGACGUAAAACGACGAUGCGAAACAGGCCUCAGCCUUAUUAAUUUUCCGUUAGAGAGUGUAUGUCGCCGCGCGAGCAAAGCAAGGAACGAUGGGAAACCGGUCGGUUUUCAGUUUCGCUGGCCGGACGCGCGCUGAGUGUACUAUUUUGUUUAAGAGCAGCCAAGGACGAAAAUUGCGGAACAGAUACACAUUUAUAAUGAUAUGCGAGAAUACCGAAAUAUACUACCGUUUUCGCGUUGUCUUGCCAUCGUGAGAUUGUGCCAGAGGUGAUAUUAUAUUGCUCUGUUUAUUGCAAACAAUAAAUAUUAUAUUAGUACGUUUUAUAAAA